AUGGUUUUCAUUCUGGGAGUCAACUUCCACGAGCAGAAGCUUGUCAAGAAAGCGCUCGAGUCCUUCUACGCGAUCGGCCCGCAGAUAUCGACGCGGGUGCUGGCCAAGCACUGCGUGCACCCGCGGACCAAGAUGGGCGGGCUGCCGCAGCGGACGAUCACGGCGCUGACAGCCGAGCUGUCGGCGAUGACGAUCGAGAACGACGCGCGGAAGAUCGUCCAGGACAACAUCAAGCGGCUGAGGGACAUCGGCACGUACCGGGGCAGGAGGCACGCCAUGGGCCUGCCAGUGCGCGGACAGCGGACGAGGAACCAGAUCGAGAACGCGAGGAAACUUAACCAGGUUGAGCGCAAGGGUUGA